UACAUUUCCGGUGUCCGUUGAAUCCACUUCCUGGUUGGAUUGAGAUCUCCUCAAGUCCCAACCGUCGCCCCCGUUUCUCACCAUGGCGUCUUCUAGGGAAUGAACGAGGUGUUCGCUCCCGGGUCGCUGCUACACGUCUCCGGUGUCACGGACACCGACCGACAGGAUGGAGGAGAAAGCCUUAGAGGUUUACGACGUGAUCCGGUCCAUCCGGGACCCCGAGAAGCCCAACACCCUGGAGGAGCUGGACGUGGUGACGGAGAAGUGUGUGGAGGUCCAGGAGCUCGGAGAGGAGGAGUACCUCAUCAUCAUCAAGUUCUCCCCCACCGUCCCCCACUGCUCCCUGGCCACUCUGAUCGGCCUCUGCUUACAGGUGAAGCUGCAGCGAUGCUUACCAUUCAAACACAAGUUGGAGAUUUACAUCUCAGAGGGAACUCAUUCCACUGAAGAAGACAUCAACAAGCAGAUCAACGACAAGGAGCGAGUGGCGGCCGCCAUGGAGAACCCCAACCUGAGGGAGAUCGUGGAGCAGUGCGUCACGGAGCAUGAUGACUGACGGGAGGCGGCCCCGCCCACCCAGAGGCCUCCUAUUGGUCUCCCAUGAGCAGGGUGGCUGCUGGGAGGCGGCGUGGACCGGUCGCUCCCUGCUGGUGGGACGAGCGCCGGCGUUUUAACCCUCUCCUUUUGUAUUUUUGUAAAUGACGAUGUAGUUAUAAUUUGUCACGUAGGAUCAAGUCAAAGCUCCAUUCGUUAAGCUGCAUUCUCUACAGUGCAGGGGAUGCUUUAGGGGGGGGCUACAUGCUGAUUGACAGGUGAUGUCACUUCCUGGUCACGAAGGUCUCUGUAGAAAUACAUGCUUGUUGUGGUACUGCAACGGAAUAUUGUAUUUUGAAUAAAAACAAGAUGAUUGACAGUUUGGAUAAUGUCUCUCUACCCAUUCACACGUAAUUAUGAUUAUUAUUAUAAACCCUGUUUACCAGUGUGUUCCCCUCAGAGAGACACAACCUGCACAUCAUGAUGUUUCUUUCUGUGGGAUGGAUGAGGACCUUGUAGCUGUGUGGGUGUAGUAACGGUGCUGCUCCACCCGUAGGGGGCGCUGCUGCUGUAAAUCAGCCAGGAGCUCAGAGUCAAACGUCACAGCAUCAAUAAACACAUGUUAGCAUGUGUGUCCCCACGUGUCACAUGUUCUGAUGUGUAAGAGGAAAUCUCACAUAUGAAGACUUUUUAUCGGUUUCACGUCACUUUCAAACUUGUCUCCGUUUUGCUCCACAUGCAUUUGGCGUCUCCUUCUUCUUCUGCUUGUUGGAGGAAAUGAAUCCAUGAAUAAUGGAGCUGGUUCAUGUAGAACGUCACAAGAAAAAACAAUAAACAAAGGUAAAGUAUUAAUACA